GACCCUGGGAGGGGGAACGAGGCACAACCAGGCCAGGCUCUGAGCGGGAACAGAUCAGGUGAGGUCCUGGAGCGAGGACAAGGCCGGGAGAGGCUCUGCGUGGGGACAGCCCAAGGGGAGACUGGGCCGAGCCUAGUGAGGCUGCAGGGGGGGAAGCUGGGCAGGGCAGGGGCGCUGGACCGGGAGCCUGGGGAGGAUGGGUUGGAAGCAGAGCAGGUCAGGGGGAGCUGGGAGCAGCUGGCUGAACCGAGGAACGGGGAGACAUCCUGCGGUCAGGGCUAGGCCCCGUCAGGCCCUUUAAGUGCCCCACACGAGCUGGGGGCAGCCCUGGCUGCGGCACUGGUCUCUAGGGCAGCAAGGAGGCGCGUGUGCUACAGGGCUCAGAUGAAAAGGGGAGCCCUGCGCCAGCCCCGGCAGCCUGCUUGCCUCCUUCUGAGGUUGCCGCUUCUCAGAUUGCCCUUCCGUGGCUGCGGGUCUGAGCUGGCCUGGCUGCUCUCGGUCUGGGUGUUUCCAAAAUGUGGCACUGACCUCCAGUCCGUUACAGCCUCAGUCCUUCUUUCCCUGUAGACGUAGCUGCACAAUGGCAGCCCGACUGGUGCGGCACUGCUGUUGGCGGCACUUUGGUGCCUUCGUCUCUACUCCCUCAGCGGUCCCAGCCUCUCUGCUCGUGUCGGCUGGUAAGAUGGUGAUAGCCAGAGCUCUCCCUCAAGGGCCUUUCACUUCAUUUCAUGCUUCGAGUCCCUGCAGCUGGGCCGACGGCUUCUCCGUCAAAGAGCAGGUGGAAGACAACAGAAAUCCAGAGCACAGAGUGAUUAGCGAACUCAUUGAAACAGCUACUAGUCCUCAAGAACUCUUCCAGUUGAGUGAACUUCAUUCUCUCAAUAGCAACCAAGCCUCCCUAGUAAUUAUGCAACUUUCCCGACUUGCAGCAGAAAAAAAACUGGAGACUGAAAGCAUUUUGCAAGACGAACGCUUCCAACAGCUCGUUGUCAUCACUGAUUCUCAGAUUUCUCAGGUGUGGAAUAACACCCUGGUGAACCUCUUAAAGAGCCUGUACUCCCUGGGGAUGGACAGCAGCAGGAGGGAGAUGCAGUCGGUGGAGCACGAGGUGCUCUGGCGGCUGAGGCGCCUCAGCUUCAGGCAGCUCGCCUCCCUGGCGGAGUUCCUGGCGCUCAGGCAGGGGAAGGAGAGCAAGCUGCUGAACGAGGUCAUCAAGAAGCUGGAGCUGCGUUGGACAGAGCUCGAGGGCACCAAAACCGUGGUGGUACUGAUGUCCAAGAUCGGGCACAUCUCGCCAGCUCUGAUGGACCGGCUGGAGGACAAGGCUCUGGAGCUUGCUGAACAAUUCAACCCUGAUGAUAUCCGGAAAAUAACACUGGCUUUAGCAUACCAGAACCGGCGCUCUGUGCCGCUGCUCCGGGCCUUGUCGUACCACCUGAUUCAGAAGCACUCCGAGCUCAGCCUCAACGUUUUGAUGGACCUGAUUUUUGCCUAUGGAAAACUGAAUUUCCACCAGCCCCAGGUCUUCCAGAAGAUAGCCACUGACCUGCACCCCCACGUGUCCACGAUGACGCCCGUCGAAGUGACGCGCUGCAUCAGGUCCUUCGCCGUCCUCAAGUGGCUCAACCUGCCGCUGUUUGAGGCCAUUGCACAGUACGCCCUGGACAACACCAAAGAGUUGUCGGUCUCCCAUGUGUGCAGUAUCAUCCUGUCUUUUGCCCGCCUGAACUUCCAGCCCAGCGGAAGCGAGGACUUCUUUAGCAUGGUCCAUGAGAAGCUGCAGGACCAGCUGGACAGCCUGGACCCCCUGCUGCUGACGGACCUGGUGUGGUCGCUGUGCGUGCUGCAGCAGGCCAGGGCUCCCUACCUGCAGAAAGUGCUGGCACCCAACUUCCACGCUCAGAUACGAGGUGAGGUGGGCAUCUCUGCCGGCAGCGCAGGCACCGGGAACCUCAGACCUGGGCCAAGGAAUGCCAAGCUUGGCCCAUCUAAAUUCGCAUCCGGUUUGGCCCAGCACAGGUCGAUGGUUCGACUGGGAGGGAGUUUGUCCCACUGGGGGUGGCUGUCCCGGAUCCCCGCAGCGCAGGGCAGCAGAGCCGGGGAGGUCCGGCUCGGGCGGCUGAAUCUGUUACACCGCCGGAGCAGCACCUGCGGAGCCGUCAUCCGGGUGAAGCCGGGUGACGGUUUGCUCCCAGCUUUGUUGUGGAAACUGUGUGCUCCGAGGCGCGGUGCGCUGCUCCACUCCGGCGCUGAGGCUCGAGCAGAGGUGCGAGGCCUUGGCGUUCCCUAG